AUGACUAUAGAUUAUUUUACUACAGCCAUAAGGGCUCCCGAUGCUGGUUAUAACGCCUUGCUUAUCCAGAUGAAUAACCUCAGUUUUUUCCCGACCUUCAACUUAAUACCUAGCAGACGCUUGCGCAGGGGUUGUGCUUUUCAUAUUGAUAUGAAAACAUCCGCAGAAUACAAGCGAAUCCUCGUCCGUAGUUCAAAUGCUCACCACGAGUACGGAUUACGGCUAAACCAGGUUUUGCAAAAAGCGCCAGAUUCUAAGAAGUUAUUAAAUCUGAGAAGAAAAUGGGAUAAUGACGAAUAUAAGGAUGAUUGGGCAUGUUAUAAAGAUUCGCUAGAAGAUAGAAAAGCCAAUCGGAAAGUAAAAAAACGAAAACGUGAAGCCCAUAUUUCUUUUCAUGAGCAAUUAGACGACGGACUAGAUAGUAAAUCGAGACAGACCGGGAACACAACCAGCGACAAUGAUCGUGAACUCGUUAAUAAUGAUGAUACUUCUUUUACACAAACUGAAACCACAACCACUGAUAACUAUGAUGAUAGCAAAAAGUUCGUGUCUGAGCUAGCACCGCAGAUUGAAAUCGUGUUGGGAGACUUUAUAAGUAACGAAGAGAGGUCGAAUGAUGAAUUAGAUGCGUACGUUAAUGAAACCAUCCGGGAUGGAAAUAAAUGGAUUGUGUGCGACACCGAUGUACGUGACCUCUUGGUAAAAUGGAAACAGGCGAAACCGCGACCACGUACUGAUCUGGCUUUUUAUGAUAUCAUCGACAUCACUCCGGGUUCAAAUAGUGAUUUUGUUCAAUCACUACCAGAUGAUGCAGUGCAAGAUAUGAAACAGUCAAAAACGUUUCCCACGCCGAAUGUGGAUAAUGUGGAUGAAAUGAAAAACUAUAUUAUUGAUUUUAUUAAGACAAAUGAAUUCCGUAAUUUCGUGGACGAGAGUUAUUUGAAAACACGAGCCAAUAAUAAAACAAAAUUCGUAUGGGACUAUCUGAACAUUCUCGUCGAGUCGUUUGAACGAGACAACGACCUCACAGAUUACAAUUUGUCCGAAUUUGGAUAUCGCGAAAUAUUUUUUACCCCUUUGAUCCGUAGUCUUUUUCGUGGCACACACCGGGAGAUGAAUAUUUAUUUCGGUGAGAAAUAUUUGUUUGCUUCAACAGAAGACCGUAAUUUUGGCCGCAAAAUCGAUAUUAUAUGGUCUAUGAAGCUAACCGAUCUGGAAUUCUCUAUUGGAGAAAUCAGUGGCCCACCGAACCAACUCGAUCAUUCACAUUUCUUUAACGAUAAGAUUAAAAUUGCGAAAAUGUUAAAAGUUAUUAUAAAUAGGAUUGUGAAGAAGUAUGGUGGAACGGGCAUGGAUUUGAGUUUAGUAAAGUUGUAUGGCCUACAUGUGUAUUAUAAUGAAGUAAUUGUGUACGAGAUGUCGAUUCCGUUUCGCGGAUUGUACAUUUUUUGUGAAGUUAUGCGAUCGAAUGAAGUUGAGAUUGGUUUGAUAUUACAAUCUGUGUCGGUGUUCCUUAAAUUCAAGGAAUUGCUUGAAAAAAGUUUGGCCGACCUGAGAAAAUAUAUUCAGGAUGCGUGUACCCGUACACCCGAUAAUAAUGAAAAUGCACACCUGUUCAUUACACUAACUGAUUUGACGCCCGAAAAAAACAAAGUACAACCAGUAGACGGAAAAAAAAGAAAGUGA